AGUUAAAGAUUGUACUUGAAGUUGAAGGACUGUUUAUUUUCGAUAAAUUACUAACUUUUAUUGCUUUUGAAAAAUGAUCGAGUUUUUGAAUAAAUUACAAAAUUUACAAUUAGAUAGUCUGAGUGAAGAAUGGGUGGAUGCUAUAUUUCAUUCUGAAUUUUUGGAAUUUGGAGAUUUACCCUCAGAAUUUGAAAGUGCACUCGAGGCGUUCGAAAUAAAGUUUGUUUUGAGAGAUAUAAUGUUAAGUUUAGAUAACUGGUUGAAUGAGGAACCAUCUAUUAGUGAAGAAAAAUCAUGGGCUAUUCUUUCACAUCAAACACAUCAUCAAAAACUUUUAUGCAUUCUCGCUUACUUCAUCGAUUAUGGAAAUAAAAAUGUACUUAAUAAAGAACAUCGUGAUAUCGCAAUGUUGUCUUCACGUCUGUAUUAUAAACUGCUCUCUAUACCUGGUUAUAAAGCAUAUCAUAUCUACCAUUCUCAAUUGUUUGUGCACUCCUUGGCAUGUCUGAGUUUUCCUAAAACAAUGUGUGAUAAUGAAGAUAAUUAUUUUAAUGUCAGAGAAUUAACCUAUGAAGUGAAUGCAACAAUAAAGGAGUUGCAAGAUUAUGUAUAUGACCUAAGAAACAUUAUUAAAAAUUUACAGUUAAAAGUGCAUGAUAUGAAUUUUGAAGAAAUCUUAAGUAAUCUAGUUGAUGUAACAGGUGGUGCUAUAGUCAUUAGGUUAAAUAUAGACAGAGCAGAAUUGGCAAAGGUAUCUGGUUGUAUAUAUGAAAUGAUUGACUUAUUAAUUUGCGACUCCAGUGGGUGUCCUAGUCCUGAAGCAAUUCAACUUGUCUUCAAGUGCCUUCUUCCAAAACUUGUUGCAGCUUCAAUUGAUAGUAGAAAUGCUAAUAAUAUUGUGAGGGCAUCCUACGUUACCUAUUCAGGAUUACUACUUAGUAAAUAUGGCAGAGCAGCUCUAUCAAGUUAUAUCAUACUACUGCAACAUCUUUGUUAUACGCUCGAUGGAUUGGAACGUGCUGAAAUCCGUACAGCCCGCAUGUCCUUAGUUGUUGGUCUUAUGAGUCUUCUGCCUAAAAAAUCCUACAAAGAUACAAUAAAGUGGCUUCUGAAAUUGUCUACAACAGCAAAAGUCUCACACAGACAAAUUGCUUUAGAAAUAUUAAGUAAGUUUUUAACCAAUGAGCCAGAAGAGUUAAAAUCGAGCGAAACACCUUUGGAAAGACGAAAUGAACAAGAAUCAGAAUUAGCACCGUCCAGCAGGGUACAUGAUACACUAACCCACGAUAAGGUUCAAGAAUCAGAUGUGGCAGAGGAAGACCAAACUUCAUCUAAUGAUAAUGAUUCCACAGAAGACGAAAACAAUCAAGAUUUGCCAAUAGAAAUAAGAAAUGCAGAGCAGGAGCUGACAGAAGAAGAGAUCGCGAAUGUUCUACGGAAGCGUGCGCAUACAGCUCCGCAUGCAGAGAUCGUACGUGCACUGUACGAACGGGUGAACGACGCGUCGAGCGCCUUGCGAAUGCGCGCGUUGGCCAUACUUACCGAAUGUCUUGAAAGCACACACGCCCCAUUGCAAGAAGCCAUCAAGGAGUUGAACGGGGCGGGGGAGGUGUCGCGGCUGGUGGUGGUGGCGGCGCGCUGCGCGUGCGACGAGCGCGCCGUGGUGCGGCGCGCGGCCGCCGCGCUCGUGCAGCGCCUGCUGGCCGCCGCGCCCCGCCCCCAGCCCAACGACCUGGCGAUUCUCGUGGGACUGUGUCGCGAUGCUAGUAUUCUGGUGCGCACAACGGCUAUCACAGGUCUUAGCGAGCUUGUGCUGCAACAGCCCAGUGAGAUGAUGCUAGAUGCUUUUCUUACAGGACCAAUGCAUCAGCUUUCUGAUCCUGAAGCUAAGGUUCAAGAACAAGUGGUAACGCAUAUCCAGCAAAUAUUAUUCGAACGAAUACGUAAGCAUACUGCGACGGAACAAGAGGACCGGCUUCCGUGGUUGUUCCUUGACGGGAUCAUCCGGCAUAACAUGCGUAGAUACCUGCAGAAGGCUUGCGCGCUCCUCGAUAAGUCUUCCAAAUGUAUUAAUCAUCGCAUUGUGGACGCAGUGAGUACGCACUUAGGCGCAGUGGAUGAGCUUCGUGACCUGCAGUGCCUGGUGUUGCUCACUAGCGUGGCGCGACACGUUGAAUACUCCGAUCUCGCCUUCCUCCUCGAAUACUACUACAAACUGGACCGCGAUGCCCAGGUACAAGAUAUUCGAAUACUGGCUUUACUACUGGAGCUGCUGACCGCGUGGUCAAGAUGGCUGACUGCGUCUGACAGGGAGGCGCUCAGAGCACACCUAGUGCAAAGACUUGCCACCGCUACAAAUGCCGCCGAUGAUGGUUGUAGAGCCGCGUGCGCUACUCUAGCAGCUCACUUGGACCCAGAAAAUUUACAGUGGGCGACAGAACUCAUGCAAAUUGCGGAGCGCGGCGGGCCGCUGGAGCAGUGGGUGCGCGCAGCGGACCUGUCGCUGGUGGCGCGCGAGCCGCCCGCGCCUGACCUGCUGCGCCGCUUCCUCGCGCCCCUCGCACACCCGCCGCCAGCCCUAAUCCAGGCAAUCUGCUGCGUUGCAUCGGCUUACGACGAUCACGAGGCGCCGUGUCAGCAUAACGUGUCUACUGUCUUAUAUUACCUGGUUCUAAUAUUUUACCGUGUGAAUCCAUUCUACAUUCAAACAUCGAAUUAGAGUCACCUCAGUUAUAAGAAUUAAUUGUAAUAAUUACUUUAAAUUAAAUAUAUAUAUU